AUGGACUCCUUUAGCAGGGCGCGGGCACUCUUUUCCAAGGCGCUGCCCCCGCCGCCGCCAUCAGACAGCAGCAAUAGCAACAGCAACGGCAGGAGCAGCAGCAAAACCAGCAAAACCGGCAAGGAUGAUACUACCAACAAUGCCAGCGGUUCUGGUGCCGCCUCUAGCUCCAGCUCCAACUCCAGGAUAUUUCCACCGCGGACCACCUCUACCAAGCCGCCGCCAUUUUCUCCUCCUCCUCCAUCCAAACUUGAUUCGCCGCUCCCUCCCGUACAAGAACAAGUGGCUCCGUCGUCACUCCUUCAGGCCGACUCGGUCCGUUCGCCAAUUCAUCGACGCCCCGUAGCCCUCCCGAGUUCUCCGAGACCUGUCGCGAAGGAUACUACUCCCACCGAGCCCUCCUCUUUGCUGUCUCCCACUCUGAACGCACCCUCGCCUAAUUCUCUGCUGGCACCUCCAUCUCCGGCUCUUUCUUUUUACAGCUUAAUUUCGGCCUAUUCGAGGGAUUCCGAGGAACCAGCUGUGCCACAAGCAUCCCAAGAUACAGGGGUUUCCAAGAAUUCGCCCCAUGUUUCUCCGUCGCCCCUAGGUUCGGACGGUAAACCGCAAGAAUCUCCGUAUACACUACCGCCCCUAGACUUCAAGGACUCCCCCAGCUCAGGCACCAUGUUUGGGGAUGACAAGCCGCCACCCCCGCCUAUCAAGGACGGCGCAGUACCUGCGCGGAAACCCUUACCUCUGUCGAGCAGCACCAGCAGUGUCGAGCCAGCAGCGAAUGCCACCCAGGCACCUUCGUCGUCGUCGUCGCCGCCGCCGCACACGGAUGACAAGAACCCGCAGCCUCCUGCCGAAAUCUGGAAGAGACGGUCCGACAAGACAGACAAGCCCAUCGGGGUCUCGGAGCUCAAAUUGACGGCAACCAAUGGCUCCACUUCGGCUCCCAAGAUCAACACCCAGCCGGUGCAAUCGACAUCAACGGUCAAGUCGCCCCACAAUCCCGAGCAAUUGCAGCAGCCGGGUGCGAAUUUGUCGGCUCCUGAAGCGAGACUCAAAAGUGCGCAGCCUCCACGGAGUGGUGGGCUUCCUGGUAGAAACAUUCGUCCGAAUGCAACCGCCGAAACUCCAACCCAAAAUGGGUCCAGGGUACCCACGGUCGCUAGCGAUUCCCUGUCAAAAACUGGGACCAACGGUGCAGCCAAGCUGGUCGACGGCACACCGGCAGAGAACAAGAAGGAAAAUGCGACCGUACAAUCUCAGCAAGAUGAUGCCGUGCGUCACCUUCCAGACUAUCACCCUCAAAAGCAAAGUCACCAGCAAGCCCAGCAGCAGCCAUCGAACCAAUCUCCCGACGCCGGCAUUCGUCGCCUUCCCACCCCCGACUAUGAGCAACACGAUGUGAAGAGCCCCAUCGUUGAACAUGUCGUAUCGCCCGUGUCACCAGCAUCCUCGCCGGACUUGAUUAGUUCCUACCUGGAUGAGAAAAAACCUUUGCCGGUUGUGCCCUCUUCUUCUUCUUCUUCGUCUUCGUCGUCGUCGCCAGACCAGGGCCCAGCCGUACCUGAAAAAGCCCUCAAACCACCUGCAACCAGCGCUGCAACCCUCCCGGCGAGCCCAGCUCCCAAGAUGGGCAACCUUUGCAGCUUCCCCAAGUCCCCUAGGCCCCGAGCAGACACCAAAGAGUCCUCGGUCAGUUCCACGAGAGGCUCACAGACCACAAAGGCCCAGGACUCCGUCGAAGCUCCAUCGGUCCUUGAGAAAACCGCCGAAUCAUCGACACGAUCGCUCCAAGACCCUGCACCAAACGCAACACCUGCCGACCCAACCAAAUCGCUACAGGUACAAAUACCUCAGAACCCCCAGGGCCAAGGGCAGGCACGAUCUUCUUCGCCCAGCGUUGAUAGCAGCUACAACGCCAACGUCACCAGCCCUCGAGAUCAGUUUCCUGUCAGGACCACGUCGAAACUCCAAGGGCUACCCUCGUCGCCGCUGGCGCGCAUCAACAAUCAAGACCAGCAACUCACCAAGGCCGCCUCGAUAACAGAAGUAUUCUUGGAGUCCGAUGCAAACACGAGCCAAGUUUCCACCGUCAGACCGAACACGAGCCAACAACAAUAUCAGCCGAACCUCCUUUCUCCAUAUGAACCCAGACCCCCACCUCCGGCCAGCGAUGGCACGAUAUACAAGGAGCUUGUGCAGAGCGACGACUUUGAUCCGGCCAUUGCUCGUUUCCCCGCGACCAAGCUGACAAGCGACGACGUGCUGUCGGGCUCAGUCUACAAGAUGAGGCCGCUGAGCCGGUCUCAGCUCAACUGCUUCCACCGCCACCGCUUCAUGGUCCCCACGGGCAACGCCAACUACUCCCUGGCUUGCCAAACAUGCGCCCGCGCGGACUCGGAGGACCGCUUCAGGUGCAAGUUCUGCUACCUGCGUAUCUGCGCCCCUUGUAGAGACGUGCUGGCGCAGAACAGGGGUGAUCUAGAUGCGCUCAUGGCGCAUGUCAAGACCCAUGGCAGCAGCACGCCGCAUGCCCCUUCGGGCUCCACCAACAGCAACAAAGCUGGCGUUCCGGCCUUUCCUGUUGUGACCGCACCUGCUUGA